UAUCAAAGAUAAUAAUCUAGAUGUGCUGUGUUUGACAGAAACUUGGCUAAAACCGGACGAUUACAUUACUUUAAAUGAGUCUAGUCCUCAAGGUUACGAUUAUCGACACAAUCCUCGUCAGAAAGGCAAAGGGGGAGGUGUUGCUGUAAUUUUAUAGUAAUAUUUACAGUAUUACUCAAAAGUCUUUCAAAUAUAAUUCCUUCGAAGUGAUGGUGCUUUAUGUAACAUUAUGUAAGUUGACAUUUGUGCUGGCUACUGUAUACAGGCCACCAGGACACCAUACAGACUUUAUCAAAGAAUUUGCUGAUUUUCUAUCAGAGUUAGUACUAGCUGCGGAUAAAGCCCUUGUUGUUGGUGAUUUUAAUAUCCAUGUAGAUAAUGAUAAAGAUGCAUUGGGAUUGGCAUUUACAGACAUUCUAAACUCUAUUGGAGUUAGACAACACGUGUCAGGACCCACUCAUUGUCGUAAUCAUACUUUAGAUCUAAUAUUGUCAAGAAGAAUUGAAUAAUAUUAGUCUCUUUGUUUAUCCCGAGGUUUACCGUAGUCAGCUGUAUCCGGGCCGUAUCCAUGUUUUUUCUCCAUUUUAACACCUGUUUGCCACCUGAUGUCACCUGUUGGAGUUUGGGUUCCUUGCCGCUGUCGCCUUUGGCUUGCUUAGUUGGGGACACUUGACAUUUGAUAUUCAACAGUGUUUUGAUCUCCCUGCAUUGACACCAUUGUAUGCGAACUUAACUGAGCUGGAUGAUAUCACUGUUUACUCCAGUGCUGAUAUAGAUAAAUUAACUAAAUUAAUAACUAUUGAUUCUUACAUCGGAAUGAAUCAAUACUGAAUUUACUUAAGAUGGAUAAUGACACCAUUUUUUAAGAGCUGCUGUGCAGCCAAAAUUAUAUACCAGUUAUCACUGUAAAGCUGCUUUGACACAAUUUGCAUUGUUAAAAGCGCUAUAUAAAUAAAGGUGACUUGAUUUGACUUGACUUGACUUCUGCAACAUCAGCAGCUCAGAAGUAUUAAAAAAAAUAUAUAUAUAAAACAAAUACUGAAACAGUUGAUAAUCAUAGCAGAUCACUGAAAUAUUGAGAAAUAGCAGAUUCAGUUAGAGGCAUAGUCAAGUGUUGAUGUUCCUUUCAUUACAUGGACAUACAGUAAAAUAGGACUCUUUGAAUUUGUUUUGUUCAUUGUGGAUGCAGAACAACACAGAGGAGCAGAGAGAAAAAAAAUGUCUGGGUGAGGGAGAUGAAUAGUUGAAGGAGGAGAAGAGUAGUUGGAUCAGGACAAGGGAGAAGAAUAGUUAGGGGAGAGAAGUGAAGUGAUAGAACAACGGAAGUGAUGUCUCGCACUCAUUGAAGUAUAAGCGUAUAAGUUCUGAUCACUUCCGUCAUCAGAACGCGUUUUUAGACCUCACCAACCGGAUGCGCAAGGCAGUUGGACAUAGUGAUGUUUUAGAGGUGAAAAAUGAUAUAAAUACUGUUCAGUUUCUCGCACAAACCGAUCGUUUCAUGUCUUAGGACAUCAAUGUGUCGCAGGGUUUAAUUUGGAUUUGUCUGUGCAUGUUUUUUUUUACUCUUAUAGAUGGAGUUGGGGGGGGGGGGGUACUGUCACAGAGGCCACACCAGACCCUUCAGCUCCACCCACUCGUUCAAAUUCACCCGAAUUCCAAUUGGACACACCUGCACCAGCUACAGCCAUCCUUCCAUCUGCAUCUGUCCUCUGCUACCAUUGUUAAUAAACUUUGUGAACGAUCAUACCUGUGUUGAUUACUUCUGUCCACUGACACAUCACCUUUACAUGCAAGUUCUAUCUGCAGGUUGUGAUUGAGUCCCUCUCUAAACAGAGUCUUAAGUGCUACAUCAUUCCAUCCACUUUGAGCUGCUAGCAUUCUGAAUUCUAUAGCAUAGUCAGCUGCUGAGCGAGAACCCUGGCAUAAAUAGAGCAGUUGGACAGAAAUAUCCUUACCUCCCUAAAUAUUCAAAUACUUCAUGUAGUUGUGAAGUAAUCAAAUGAAGUUUGAAGUUGCAUGUCUCUCUCUCAAAUUGCUGAUGCCCAGUCUAAUGCUCUCCUCAUUGGAUGGAUGUACAGAACUGUGAGGGUUCUAGUCCUCCCUCUCUCUGCCACUUGUAAUGUAUAGUUUUGUUUCAUGUUCAUGGUUCAUGUCUUUUAUAAUGUAGUUUGAUCCAUGUUACUUGUUUGUGUCAUGCUUCCCUUGCUACUCAUGUGCUCCCUUAGUCAAUGUGUCAUGUGCUGAUUGGUUGUUUAUGGUCAUGUGGUUUCUCAGUUCUGUUCUGUCUUUUGUUCCCUUGUUCCUUGUGUCUCUUGCCCAUUGGUUAUCGUAGUCAUGUGUUCAGUAAGUUCAUGUAUUUUAAGCCAUUGUUUUCCAUGUUACUUUGUCAUGUAUUGGAUUUAUGUAACCCUGCUGUUGGUGAGUGGUUUUGUCAAGUCUGCUCAUCAUCAAGUCUGCUUAUGUCCAAGUCAAGUGGUUGCUUUGUUUGUUUUUCAUUAGUUUCAAUAAACUGCACAUGGGUUCAUCAGCUCGCCUUCGUUUGAACUGAUUGUUACAGAAUACACAACCAUUAUCCAUAAACCCAGCAGUUUUACCCCCUGGAGCUCGUCUUCUCCUUCUACGCCAAGGCAACCAUUCCAUAGAGGAUCAUACACAAGACUUCUUGGACCUUGCUCACCAAUCUGACUUUCCAGAUAAGUCACUUAUUUUUUAUCAGAGUAGUCUUAAUGCUCCUUUGAAAACGCAACUUUCCUGUCUUCAGACAAGAUGGCCGCUAUGCCAGAGUUACUUCACGUCAUGCCCGCCAGUCUAGAGACUGUUCACAUCAUGCCUGCCCAGCCAGAGAUUGUUCAUGUCAUGGCUGCCCAGCCAGAGGCUGUUCACAUCAUGCCUGCCAAGUCUGAGCCUGUUCACGUUAUGCCUGCCACGCCUGAGUCUCUUCACAAGAUGGCUGCCAUGCCUGAGCCCUCAACCAAGAUGGCUACCAUGCCUGAGCCCUCAGCCGAGAUGGCUGCCACGCCUGAGCCCUCAGCCGAGAUGGUUGUCACACCAGAGUCUCUAGAGUGUGCAGCACUUACAAUUCUGGCCACAGCUAUCCUGUGUGUAUCCUGGGCCACACACACAUCCAUGCCAGAGCCUCUCCACAUCAUGGCCACCACGCCAGAGCCUCUGCCACUGCACCACGACCCAUGUCUGUCACUGUACCUUGAUCCAGGCCUGCCAAUGCUCCACAGCCUGUCACUGUACCAUGACCCAUGUCUGUCACUGCACCAUGAUCCAGGUCCAUCACUGCUCCACAGCCUAGGUCUGCCAGUGCACCAGGACCCUCUGCUCCACGGAUCAGGUCUGCCAGUGCACCAGGAACCUCUGCUCCACAGACCAGGUCUUAGUCAUGUGUUCACUAAGUUCAUGUAUUUAAAGCCAUUGUUUUCCAUGUUACUUUGUUGUGUAUUGGAUUUAUGUAACCCUGCUGUUGGUGAGUGGUUUUGUCAAGUCUGCUCAUUGUCAAGUCUGCUCAUUGUCAAGUCUGCUUAUUGUCAAGUCUGCUUAUGUCCAAGUCAAGUGCUUGCUUUGUUUGUUUGUGACUUAGUUUCAAUAAACUGCACAUGGGUUCAUCAACUCGCCUUCAGUUGGACUGAUUGUUACACCACUCUUCUUUCCCUACCAUCCUUGAUCAACGUAUACAAACAAAAUCAUUAUGAAGAUUUACUAUGACUAGAAAUAUAUGUACUACUGUUAGAGAGAGUAAAAAUAGGACACCUUGGUCGGCUUUAAUUGUAAUUAGCUGUGUUUGGAAUAAUUAUUAUUUAACUUUGGGAUUACAAAUUUAAGAAUCUGUUUAAGAUCAGCUGAUCCUACAUCCUGACAUAACCUCACAUGAAAUACUAAGGUGAAGUAUAUUGUAUUUAACAUUUUGAGGUAAAGAUAAUGACAAUUUAAGGAGAUCAAGGCAGGCAGCCCAGGUGUCUGUAACAUUAACCUUUUGUCUUCAUGCACUUCCUGACCAUUUGGCACCUAUGCAUUUGAAUGACACCGUUAUGCUGAUUAGAUCAUGGCUGGGAAAUGUAGGGAAUGGGCUGAUUCCUGCACUGCAUUUGCAUGCUUUGUUUAGAUUGUCCCCACCUCUACUCUAUGUAUCCCUCCCCCUUGAAUGUAUAUGAACUACCAAGUACGCUGCCUUAGUUGGACUUGGAUGACUACAGCGACGCACAGCGCGUUUCUCAA